AUGCCCCGCCCUGGACACCCCCGCCCAUCAUCUGGGCCCCCACGCUUGGGACCCUGGGAGCGGCCAACGGAGCUAUGCCUGGAGACAUAUGACGAGCCAUCCCGGGCGCCACCGAGCCGCCGCACCCGUAGGCCAGACCCCAAGGACCCCGGCCACCAUGGACCCGAGAGCCUUACCUUCAUCUCUGGCUCUGCUGAGCAGGCUGCUGAGCCCCCAGCCUGCUGCCUGCUCUGGCGACCCUGGGUGUGGGACUGGUGCCGGGCUGCGUUCUGCUUCCGCCGCUGCCGGGAUUGCCUCCAGCGCUGUGGAGCCUGUGUGCGGGGCUGCAGCCCCUGCUUGCCCACUGGGGACUCCCCUGAAGGGGCUGCUGAAGCCAACUGGGUCAAGGAGCACAACGGAGUGCCCCCCAGCCCUGACCGUGCCCCUCCCAGCCGGCGGGAUGGCCAUCGGCUCAAGUCGGCCAUGGGUAGCAGCUUCAGCUACCCUGACGUCAAGCUCAAAGGCAUUCCUGUGUAUCCCUACCGCAGCACCACCUCCCCAGCCCUGGACGCGGACUCCUGCUGCAAGGAGCCACUGGCCGACCCCCCACCCACGCGGCACAGCCUGCCCAGCACCCUUGCCAGCAGUCCCCGAGGCUCUGAGGAGUACUACUCCUUCCACGAGUCGGACCUGGACCUGCCCGAGAUAGGCAGUGGCUCCAUGUCCAGCCGAGAGAUCGAUGUGCUCAUCUUCAAGAAGCUGACAGAGCUGUUCAGUGUACACCAGAUCGACGAGCUGGCCAAGUGCACCUCAGACACUGUGUUCCUGGAGAAGACCAGUAAGAUAUCGGACCUUAUCAGCAGCAUCACCCAGGACUACCACCUGGAUGAGCAGGACGCUGAGGGCCGCCUGGUACGCGGCAUCAUUCGCAUCAGUACCCGAAAGAGCCGUGCCCGCCCGCAGACCACAGAGGGGCGCUCAACCAGGGUGGCUGCCUCUGCUGCCCCUGCCCCUGACAGUGGCCAUGAGACCAUGGUGGGCUCAGGGCUCAGCCAGGAUGAACUCACAGUGCAGAUCUCCCAGGAGACGACCGCAGAUGCCAUCGCCAGGAAGCUGAGGCCUUAUGGAGCCCCAGGAUACCAAGCCAGCCACGACUCAUCCUUCCAGGGCACCGACACAGACUCUUCAGGGGCACCCCUGCUCCAGGUCUACUGCUAA